AUUUGCCUUAUGAGCAAGCCAGGAGAUCAGCAUGGUCAAGUCACACCCACCCUAGUCCUCAGUCAAAAGCUACUCAGCCAUCAUCCUCAACAGUUCCCAAAACAGAAGACCAGCGUCCUCAGUUAGAUCCGUAUCAGAUACUUGGACCGACCAGCAGCCGACUUGCAAAUCCAGGGAGUGGGCAGAUACAGCUAUGGCAGUUCCUGCUGGAGCUCCUCUCGGACAGCUCCAACUCCAACUGCAUCACCUGGGAGGGCACCAACGGGGAGUUCAAGAUGACCGACCCUGAUGAAGUGGCUCGGCGCUGGGGGGAGCGGAAAAGCAAGCCUAACAUGAACUAUGACAAACUUAGCCGUGCGCUUCGCUACUACUAUGAUAAAAAUAUUAUGACUAAGGUUCAUGGUAAGCGCUACGCUUACAAAUUUGAUUUCCAUGGAAUCGCUCAGGCUCUCCAACCUCAUCCCCCAGAGUCAUCCAUGUACAAAUACCCAUCAGACCUCCCCUACAUGAGCUCCUAUCAUGCGCACCCUCAGAAGAUGAACUUUGUAGCUCCCCACUCACCUGCUUUGCCCGUAACAUCGUCCAGCUUUUUUGCUGCACCUAAUCCAUACUGGAAUUCACCAACUGGAGGUAUCUACCCCAAUACCAGGCUGCCAGCUGCUCAUAUGCCUUCUCAUCUUGGCACCUACUACUAAGCUGGGAAAAAAGGAAACGCUAGAAAAAGCAAACAAAGACACUUCUCGCUGGGAUACAGUCCCUGAUGAAUUGCAAUGAACUCUAUUGGAGUACAUGAAUUCAAAGUGCCUAAAGAGACAAGUGAAGGUUUGGCUGGGAAAAAACACAUUAAAAAAUAGGUGUCAAAAAGACUCUUUGUAGUAGGGAUUUAAUGGAGAUAUUCGAGAAGUAUUAAGAUACUAAAAUUUAAUGUAUAUGGGCAUCGACUCUGUGGACCAAAAAACAAUGGACUAUUGUAGGUAAAAGCAUGAAAUGAUAAGGAAAACCUACGAAAGCUAGUGGUCUUAAAAAGUUGAUAAGCUUAUGUGUAAAGUUCGAUAUCUUGCUAGUGCAAAACUGGGACUAUACUACAGCAAUAUAAGGAUAAGUCUAUAGUGACCUAACAUACAAUAUAUGAAUCAUUACAAAAGAGGGGGCAAAAAG